UAUUGUAAUCAGUGUAUUGGUUGCUAAUGGAAGCUUCAAAUUAUCUCCCCUUUCGUGACUCUCCAGUGUAGAAAUACAAUUACCCUACAGUUGUAUAGUAACAAUAUGGCUGAGGAAGUAGACAUCUCAGAGCAGACUACACAUUUAUGCAGCCUUUCUCACUUUUCUAAGACUCCAUGUUCACAUGUUUCAACCUCAGAAAAUGCUUCAAAGUUAAUUUAUUUGAAAGAAUGUAAGAAGUCAGUAUCAAAUCACUUACGUUCAUUGAACAUUUCAUACGAUGAGAACAUUUUGACAGAAGGUCUUCUUAUAUGUUUACGUGUUGGUAUAUUUCGUUUAAUGCCACAUUUCACUGUUUGCCCUUAUCAUCGGUCAUCUUUGGGGUUGAAUUGGAAGAGGAAAACAUCAUGUGUAUUUCCUGGCCAUACUGGAAAGAGUAAAGGGGAUAGACCGAUAUCAUACAGGACCAGCUACGCUCUGAUUUCACAGGGAGGAACAUUCUUGCCAAUAGGAUCAGCUAUCUGUAAAGUCUGCAAAACAAAAACAUGUAACAUCCUAGAAUUAUUUCCUGAUAUGAUGGACAUUAUUCCUGGUGAUGAGAAUUCAGGAGAAAUAAAAAUAAAUGAUCAGAUGGACAUUUAUCCUUGUGAUAUGGAUUCUGAUGGUCAUUAUUUAGAGCAUAAGUUUUCAGUAGUUGAACAGAACCAGACAAGAUAUAAGGGCAUGCAGUCAGAAGAUAUGACAGCUAAGGAAGAAAAUGACAUGAUAAGUGAAGAUGAAGCAUCUAUAUGGAUUUCACAGUCUGAUUCAGAAAAUUAUACGGUUUCUCUGCCAUCAUCUCAGAUAUCAUCAUGGAGUGCAGAAAAUGACAUACAAAGAAACACAUUAGAGGAAAUAAACAGUGCACUGAACAUUAUUGGUGGGGGGAAAAUCAGUCCAAUUACAUACCAAAUAAGGAAGGAUGUUAACGAACUCAAACCAAGAACAGUGCGCAGCCUGAAGAGAAAAGCAUCUGCUACGGUUCAUGAAGCUCUUGACUGUCUUGCACCAUUUCAAGCAAAAAAAGUUUGGCAACUCAUAUAUAUGGACAUGGCUGAGAGUCGAACUCACAACCUACCGCACUCAAGCCGAUUACGCUAA